AUGAGGAGGCAGUGGGAACUUGCUCUAAGAAGGGACGGUUUUGUUGUCUCUGACAGGACACUGCUCUGUAGUGAGCACUUCAAGAGUGAGGACUUUGACAGAACGGGGCAGAAUGUCCGGCUUAAAGAUGGUGUUGUGCCAACCAUUUUCAAUUUUCCAGCUCAUCUUCAAAGGCUGGUAGCAACAAGAAGCACAACCACCUCUAGAAGAGCGGAAGACAACCUGCCAAUGGACUUGUCUCAGGAUGCACCUCAACCUGAUGUUGGAGCCACUGGAGAGAGGAGUUUGAGCCGCAAGCGGCAGGCCACUGACCACUUGUAUGCAUUGCCUGCUUGCCCUAAGGCUAUAAAGGCCAAACUUGAAGAAGCCUCAGCGAGAGUGAGGAAACUGCAGCGGGAGAAGAGUAAUGCCUUGAGGAGAGAAAAGAGGGCCAAGAUGAACAUGCAGGCUCUUCUGGAGGAACUGAAGGAGAAAAAUCUCAUCAAUGAAGAGCUGAAAGACAACCUUGAAUGCUACUCAGGUAAAAUAAAAAUAUUACAUUGA